AAAUCAGUUUAAUUUGGACCUUCUUGCUGACAGAAGACUUGUCUGAAAAUGGCAUUUACACCACCGGUGAUAAUAAUAUUGUUUUAUCUUGUGACGUCAUCAGUGGCUGACAAUACUGACAAGCCAGUAACAGAAACUCGUGACAUAGCUAAAGAAUUUGACGAUUUCAAAAAAUAUGUUUCAACAAAACUUGAAGCUAUGGCCGAAACCCAUGCACGAGACAUGCACAAGCUCGAGGAAAUUAUAAAUGCUCAAGGAAUGCAAAUUCAAAAGCUUGAAUCUGACAAUGCUAUGAAGGAUUCUGCAAUACAGGAUCUGCAAGGAAAAAUAGAAAAAUUGACUGCGAAGAAAAACAAUGGUUUUCAAAGUGCUGGGAAAUCACAAAGCGAUGAAUCUUUUAAAGAAACGUCUACCAAAUCACAAGUCUCCCCCAAAAAGAGAGGUCAACAACAUAAGAUGGUGGGAAGAGCAAGCGUGGAAAGCAAGGUUGCAUUUUUUGCCACAGUUACAACACAACUUGAACAUUUGGGAAAAGACCAAGAUAUCAUAUUUGACCACGCUGUUACAAAUGUUGGUAAUGGUUACCUACCACAUCAUGGAACGUUUGUGGCUCCAGUCUCUGGUACGUAUGUGUUCUCUGUCACACUUCUGCAUGGGGAGGAAGAAACCACAUAUGGUCAUUUUGUUGUAAAUGGAUCAAUUGUUGCGAAAUUAUAUUUGUAUAGCCAACAAACCUCUCAGCUUAUCAUUGUUAAUCUAAGAAAAGGAGAUGAUGUUUCUGUUCAAAACGCAGAUCUUGAUCGGACCUUUAUCUGUAGUCAAUACUGCACAUUCAGUGGAUUUUUGUUAUAUGAAGUUUCCUCUGUAGAUCAAAUUGUUGGCUAAAUAAAAUUUGUCUUUA